AUGUCGUCUCGCGGCUCUCAUACGAUAACAACAACAGAACAAGCACAAGCACAAUGUCGUGCCAUUAUACUGAAAUUAAAGCUACCGCCAACAAAUUCAGCAGAAAAUGAAGCACAACGCAUGGUUAAUGAUUUACAACGACGUGUUAAUAAUAGAUUCGACACGCUUGUGAAAAAAUUUGUAAUUGAUGACAAUGAACAAAUGAAUGCUGCAUUGUUAGAGAAGCUAAAAAAAGUAAAAGAUCCGAAUACAUUUCUGGAAGCAGUUUUAACACACCUAUACGGUAAAGCAGCUAAAGAAGAAGAGAAUGCAGUCUCUCCUCACGUUAAUAACGAAGAGAAGCAUGAAGUUGAUACUAUGGUUGAAAAAGUAUACGCAAAUGAGAAAAAAAUAUGAUUUUACAAUUAGUAUUUGACUAUUUAUAUUUCAUUUAUUGUUUCUGUUUCCUUCUUUUUUUCUGACAUAUUAUAAAAAUAUUCUAAAACUUUGACUCAUGUUCAUUUUUUAAUAAACAAGAAAAUUAAAAGAAAAUCAGUCGAAAAACAAAUCGAUUAAUAUAUCAAGGAUGUAGGUGUGUGUCUAGGGUGUGGCGGGUACGAACUACUAUGAUUCGGAUUUCGAUUUCUACUCAACGAAGCUCAUCAGAUAGCUUGAUUUUCGGAUACUUCGUAGAUGAAGUAAACCUUUUUGUCUGUCAUCUAAUUAACGGAAGUCAAGUAGAAAACUAGAAAAUCUGCUCUGUUGUGUUCAAACUCGAAAGUUCUAGUCACAGUGCCAGACUGCUCGAUGUGGUGAGUACGAGCAGCCAUGAUCCGAAUGAAAAAAAAAGUCACCUAAAACAUAGCAACAUUAAAUAAUGCUGAUUAUCAGUGCAAUCUGCGAGAAAGUGAAUGUAAAUGGAGAAAUAAAUAAAUGGAACACGAAGAUUCGCACAAGAUGGUAUUGAAAAAAAGAAACUGUUUCAGAUUGAUACGAUACGGAGUAGUUUGCUUAUGUAACUACUUAUUCGCAUUAAAAUGAAGAUGAUUUGUGUUAAUGUAAAGAAGCGAUUAAACUGAACUGGAGGAAAGCCCAAUUUGAAGGGAGUUUCGUUUAAAUAGAGUAAUUAAUGUGGGGUGUGGGUGAGAAAAAAAUAAACACCUACACUUAUACCCACAUCCACACCCUAACUCCUUCAAAAUGUUAUACGAUUAUGGGUGUGGGUGUGGGUGUGGGUGUGAGUGUGUGGGUGUAGGCCAAAUCAAAACCCACACCCACACCCCACACCCACACCCACACCAACACCACAUCCACACCCACACCCACCCACACUCACACUCACACCCACACCCACACCCACACCCC